UGCACACCAGGAUAGUCUCGUCGUCUCGACUAUCCUGAUGUGUACGGCGAAUACCUUCAAAAAAAAAGGAGUUGGACUUAAGUACGUCUAGAGUUUGCUGAAUGCUUGCGAGAAGCUGGCCUCACUAUCGCUCUGGUAUGCAUCAAGACUCCCCUGCAUCGGCUUCUUUAGAUCAAUGCUUCAUAACCGCGGGGCGAUCCAAAUAUGACGGGUAUUUCGUUGUUCUGCCCCGCCAACGUGCUUCCCCCUCACUCAAUAACCACCUGCCGCCGCUUCCAAGGAUAGCUUUCUCCUCUCCCGGGUGCUGACAAGCAGGGAUAAAAAAGAGAGGAGUCCGCGGAAACAAUGAGUCCCAUCGUUGCGAAGAAACCCAAGAUGUCAAGCCUAGAAAACUUGAAGAAACUUACGGUGGUGGUUGCCGACACCGGCGACUUCGAAGCGAUGCGAGAAUACAAACCAACGGAUGCUACGACAAACCCAUCAUUGAUCUUGCAAGCAGCUAAGCUCCCCCAGUAUGCAACCCUCAUCGACGAAGCUGUUGCGUACGGCAAGUCGAGAGGCAGAUCGCCGAGUCAACAGCUUGAAGAGGCCAUGGACAAAUUAUUCGUACUUUUUGGGAACGAAAUUCUCAAGAUAGUCCCCGGACGGGUGUCGACCGAAGUCGACGCUCGACUCUCUUUCGACAAGGAGGCCUCCAUCACCAAGGCUCUCAAGCUUAUCGGACUUUACAAAGAGCUGGGAGUCGACAAGGAGCGCAUUCUCAUCAAGUUGGCUUCUACUUGGGAAGGCAUAGAGGCUGCGAGGGUUCUUGAGAAGAAUCAUGGGAUUCACUGCAACAUGACUCUCCUGUUCAAUUUCACACAGGCUGUCGCAUGCGCGGAGGCCGGAGCGACUCUCAUUUCUCCAUUCGUCGGACGGAUCCUUGAUUGGCAUGUGGCUAAUACAGACAAGAAAUCAUUCGAACCCCUCGAGGACCCCGGAGUGAAGAGCGUCACGAAAAUCUAUAAUUACUACAAGAAGUUUGGUCACAAAACAGUCGUCAUGGGAGCCUCGUUCAGAAAUAUCGGGGAAGUGAAGGCUCUCGCCGGUUGUGAUCUCUUGACGAUAAGUCCUAAGUUACUCAAAGAGUUGGCGGACUCUUCCGAUGAUGUGCCGCAACAUCUCAGCGCAGACAAAGCUAAAAAUCUUGACAUGGAGGAAGUUCCGGCGGACGAGAAACACUUCAGAUGGGACAUGAAUGAGGAUAAGAUGGCGAAUGAUAAAUUGUCCGAAGGAAUCAGGAACUUCGCGGCUGAUUCUCGUAAACUGGAAGCCCUCAUCCAAGAAAAGCUCAAACUUUGAAUUCUCGUCGCGCGGAACGGAGCUCCCUUCCUUCAACGCGGAUGCCCUAGUAAAGGCACGAUCGGUUCUGGGAGGGCGUGCAUCUCUGGAGAGAAGCCUCAGGGAAAUUUCUUGUAAAUCCGCGUGUUCGACGCUUCGGAGAGCAAUCGCAUGUGGAUUUGCUAGAAAAUUGACAUCGGUGCUCCAAUAAAGGUCGGAACGAUGAUUUUUGUAA